GUUUGUGAGUGUAGAAGUAUUGAUCAAUGCUGUAUUAUAGAUGUAUUUUCUGCUGAUGUCGCUCAGAAUGGCUCCUCGUCUUCCUCUGAUCUUUCUGCUCAUGAUUCACGGUGUAUCUAGUGCUGGUUGGUCUGUGAGAUACAGUUCUUCACACAUCUGUGCUCUAAAACACUCAUCAGUGAUAAUGAGAUGCACUUAUACAUACCCUCCUGGACAUCAGAUCAAGAAAGUGUUCUGGACCAAAAACCCUGUAAAGGGUGUAGAGCCUCCAGAUCUUUCUAAGGACCCUGAAUACAGUCAGAGGUUUCAGUAUCUGGGAGAUAAACAGAAGAGCUGCACCAUGAGACUGAGUCAUGUGACACAGAAAGAUGAACACAAGUACUAUUUCAGAUUCAUCACUAAUAAGGAUAAAUGGUUUGGUGAACCAGGAGUGACUCUUACUGUUUUAGAUCUUCAGGUGGAGUCUCCUGAGAGAGUGACAGAGGGAGAUUCAGUCCGUCUGACAUGUAAAAGCAGCUGCGCUCUGACUGACAGAGCAACAUUCAUCUGGUACAGAAACUCACAGCCAUUAACUGAGAGAAGAGACAGAAACAAUACACUCCUGCUGCAGUCAGUCAGAAGAGAGGAUGCAGGCAGAUAUAGCUGUGCUCUACAGGAACACACUUACAUCUCUCCUGAGGUUUAUCUCAAUGUCACGUACCCACCAAAGAGUGUCUUAGUGUCCAUCAGUCCAUCUGAAAUAGUGGAAGGAGAUUCAGUGACUCUGAUCUGCAGCAGUGAUUCAAACCCACCUGCAGAAAUCAGCUGGAUUAAAGGAAGAACAACUGUAGGAUCUGGAAGAAUCUACAACAUCUCAAAGAUCAGAUCUGAUCACAGUGGAGAAUACAAGUGCAAGUCCAGAAAUGAACAUGGAGUGAAAUACUCUGAAGCUGUGACUUUAAACGUCAUGUACCCACCCAGGAACGUCUCGGUGCUCAUGAAUGGAUCUGGUGAAAUAGUGGAGGGAGAUUCAGUGACUCUGAUCUGCAGCAGUGAUUCAAACCCACCUGCAGAAAUCAGCUGGAUUAAAGGAGGAACAACCGUGAGGAUCUGGAAGAAUCUACAACAUCUCAAAGAUCAGAUCUGAUCACAGUGAAGAAUACAAGUGCAAGUCCAGAAAUAAACAUGGAGAGAAAUACUCUGAAGCUGUGGCUUUCAACA